AUGACUAAACUAGCACUCGUGUUAUUUCUGACCAUUCUUGUGGCGACUGUUGGAGGAAAAAAGGGAGGAGGAAAGGCGAAAGGACCGAAAGAACCGAAAGGCCCAGCAGUAUGUAGCGAAAAGGAUAAAACUGCAUUCAGAGCAUGUCUUAAAAAAGGAUUCGAGUCAAGUAUAGAUAAAUGUGACAGUGAAGAUGCCAAGAAACCGCUGAAAGCUAAAGAAGUCAAAAAGUGCACCGCAUUGGAGAAGAAGCUAGUUAACUGUGGUUUCGACUGCACAGAAAAGGCACCAAUGACACCAGAAGAAGUCCUUGCCACGUGUGGCCACGAAGACAAAAACUUCCCAGGAGCGGAAAUGUUUUCGAAGAUCUACGUCUUGAAAGAAGACUGCGUGAGGGACUGUCAGCUAUCGGAGUCGUGCAAGGCUAUCUCCUACAGACACUCAGAUAAAAGAUGUUACUUCAAGUCUAGUGAGGGAGGGAGUGUAGGACCCACCGUGGAGGCAGGAUGGAUUAGUUCUAACAUGGAAUGUGAUAGAUCCGACGUAGAUCAGCGCUGUCAAAGGUCCGGUUUCUAUUACUACGGAGCAGACACCAGAAACCUCAAAUCUGAAAGUCUAAGUCACUGUGCCCUUCUCUGCAGAGACACGGAGAACUGCAAAGCAAUAUCUUACAGGGAGACGGACGGACUUUGCCAUCUGAAGAACAGGCGAGGAGGGAGUCAUGGACCAGUUGCAGCUGCUCAAAAUAUAGCCAUGAAUUUGGAAUGCGACAGGAGUCGAAUAACUAAUUUCGACUGCAUGAGAGAAGGAAUAUCGUUCUCCGGAGCAGACCUAAGGAGCGUGGUGGUUGCUCGGGCUGAGGAGUGCAUCCAACACUGCAAAGAUACAGAGGCUUGUAAGUCCAUCACCUUCAGAGGCUCUGACCACCAGUGCUUCCUCAAAUCUAAGUACGGUGGAAACUACCCCACAGUAUCACCCGGACACAAAAGCAUGGACCUGGACUGUGACAAUAAUGAAGUGAACCUUAACUGCAUGAGGAAAGGAUUCGAUUUCCCGGGAGCCCAUAUGGGAAAUCUGAUAGUCACUGACGAUAAGGAAUGCGUGAAACGUUGCAAAGAUACAGAGGGUUGCAAAGCCGUCACGUUCAGAACUGCGGACAACAGAUGUUAUCUGCGGAACAAAGCCGGGGGUGACACAGGACCUAAUGCAGCAGCUGGACACAACAGCAUGAACUUGCAGUGUGACAACAGCGCCGUCAAGAACCUUGGCUGCAUCAGAGAUGACACUAACUUCCCAGGAGCUGAUCUCAGGAACUUCGUCGUGGAGGACAAGGAGGAAUGUGUGAGACAUUGCAGGGAUACAGAGCUCUGCAAAGCAGUGGUCUUCACAGUCUCAUCUGACCAACUCAGAUGUUACCUGAAGAACCGACGUGGUGGAGCCAAUGUCCCGGUAGUGGCAGCUGGGGUUCAGAGCAUGAACAUGGAGUGUGACAACAGCAAAAUCGACAACCUAAACUGCCUCCGAGAUGGAAUUAACUUCAGUGGAGGUGACAUUGGGAACACCAUAGUGACAGGGGUUCCUGCGUGCGUGAAAAUCUGCAAGGACACUGAGGGUUGCCAGGGUUUCUCCUUCAGAGUAUCUGACAAACGAUGCUACGCCAAGAACCGCCGAGGAGGAGCCUCCGGACCCAAUGUUGAUAUUGGGUACAACAGUUUAAACAUGGAAUGUGACAACACACCAGUCACCGAGACUAUGAAGUGUCUAAGGAAAAGGAUAAAUUUCGCUGGUAGUGACCUGAGGAACCUGGUGGUGGCGGACGUUGAAGAGUGCGUGAAGCACUGCCGGGACACGGAGAACUGCCAGGCUGUCACCUUCCAAGAGGCCACCCACCGCUGCUACCUGAAGAAUAAACGAGGGGGAGUUUCAGGACCAACAGUAGCUCCUGGAUACCAUAGUCUGAACAUGGAAUGUGACAACAGUGAACCUUCACAACUCCAGUGCGGACUGAUGCAGGAGAAGUUCCCUGGAUACACGAUCAAAAGUCUCACUGUGGCUCACUUUGAGGAGUGUUUGAGACGUUGCAGGGAUACGGAGGGGUGUCAGGCAGUGUCCUUCGGGGAGACAGAUAACGUGUGUGAGCUGAAGAACAGGACCUUCGAGUGGUGGACCAUUAAGAGCCAUUAUAAGAGCGUCAACAUGGAUUGUUAGGUAUUCGGACAGACAAUCGUAGGUCGCAUGAAAGACGAACGGUGAU